AUGGCAAGUUUAAAGACGAAUUUACCCCAGGAGGGUACCACCAGCUCCGCUGGUGGAGAAUCCCUCCCCGAGGCCACUUUGGCCUCGGGCUGCCCCUCGUACUCUGGGGGGGGCAAAAACUGCUUUGACUGCACGACGACUCUGGCUUUGAAUACGGUUACAGAUGCACGCGAUGUGGAAGCGACGGGGAGCGGUAUAGACGAGGAAAUGGAGCUGGACACGGAGCUGAUGCUGAGCGAGGACUCAACAUCCAUGUCCGAAACCAGCCGCCGGGCUAGUCCGAUGCCCAGGAAGAGAAGAGGACGUCCGCCUACCACGGGCCACUAUGUCGGCCUGGCCAAGGCCAAGCUGGCACUCAUCGAGGCCGAACGUGAAGAGGAGCGGAGGCGGGCAGAGGCAGAAGUAGUUGCUGCCUCACGCGCGGUCCGGGCCAGAACACAAGCCCACAGGCUAUCGGAGACGGUCUCGGAAGACGAGGAGUUCCAGGCGGCCGGCUCCCUCAGUCGGAUCAUAAAUGACAACGUGGAGGUCAUCAAAAAGGUAGCCGUCACCUCCAAAAAUCUUAAGGGAGGAUACGUGCGAGCCUUAAAGGACGCAGCGGAGGAGAUCUCAAAAAUGACCAAAGCUCUGCAAAGCAGAUGCAUCUCGGACGAGACCAAAGGCCUGCAGGCCGACAAUGCUCGCCUGCGAGCGGAGGUAGCACAGUUGCGCAAGGAGGUGGCGGAUAUGAGAGAGCACCUCCUUGCACCUAACGGGAGGACAGAGGCUGCCGAUGCGGCUAAGCAUCCUGAACCGCAGCGGCAACAACAGAAUAACAACGAGGAGCUAGUGCGCACCAUCUUGUGUCAGGUGGGCACGAUGAUUAACGCCAGAUUUGAGGCGUUACAAGACCGACUUCUCCCUGAGAAGCGCCUCCGUCCCCCAUUGGCUGCGGACAACAGAUCUGAGCCUGGGAGCCACAGCGCACCAGGGGACCCGAACGUGACAAGACUGGCAAAGAGCGGGCAAACCCCGGGUAAAGCCUCAGGCAAAACUUCGAGGAAAGCCUCGAAGAAAGCCCCGGGCAAACCCGCCAAGGAGAGGACGGCGGAGACGCAGGCUCAACCCCAACCAACGGUGGAUGCAGAGCCUGUGGAAGACCAAGACCAGCCCAGGGAACUACCAUGGAGUACGGUGGUCAGAAAAGGGCUGAAGCAGAAAAAGAAGGAGCGGCCACGGGUAUUUACAAAUACUGAUAAAGGAAGAGGAGCACCAAGAGCGCCAAUAACUGGCCCUCCUAAAACUGCUGCGGUAGUAGUCACCAUUACGCCGGAGGCCAUAGCAAAUGGCCUCACGUACGAUGCAGUAAUAGCCGAGGCCAAGGCCAAGAUAAAACUGCAAGAUGUGGGCAUUGUAACGGGGGUGCGUUUCCGGGUGUGUGCCACAGGAGCAAGGAGAUUCGAAGUUCUGGGCACGGAAAACGGCACACAAGCUGACGCCCUAGCGGAAAGGCUGACGCAAAUAUUCAGCGAAGACUCAGUGCGCAUCUCCAGACCGUCUAAGACGACGGAGAUAAAGAUUUCCGGACUAGACGACUCGACAACCGUCGAAGAAGUGUUGGCGGCGGUUGCCGAGGCAGGAGGCUGUGCGAGAGAAAGUCUCAAGUGUAGCGGUGUCGUCAGAGACAGAUUCGGAGUGGGACAUGCAUGGGUUGAAUGUGCAGUACCAACGGCGAAGCGGGUGGCGGCAGUAGGUCGGCUGACAAUAGCGUGGGUCUCAGCCAAUGUCAUGCUGCUCGACCCUCGCCCACUGCGCUGCUAUCGAUGCCUGCAGAAGGGGCACGUUAGAGCGCAGUGCACCGCGGAGGCUGACAGGAGCAAGCAGUGCUUCCGUUGUGGUGCAGAGGGCCACAACUUCAAGGGAUGUACAGCCAAACCGCACUGUUCAAUCUGCGCUGCGGCCAAAAUACCAGCGGACCACAAAUUGGGAGGCAGAGGCUGUACUGCACCAGCCCCCAAAAUCACCAGAGGAAGGAAAACUCAGCCACAACCAGCACAACAGGCUCCAGAAGAAGUCGCGAUGGAGACGGAGGAAGUCGGCUUUAGAAAUGGCUCUGCACCUUCUACAAGCCAACGUUAA